GAUACGACAUUUGCUGCACAUAGCGACGAUUGUCAGGUUUUGUGUUUUUUUCCGCAAAAACAGUGCUUGUGAAUUUUUGUGAUUUUCUCCAAUUGGAAAAUACAUUUCCCACACGAAUCUGCCUGAGAUUGCAUCAUUGUCAUCCCCAGUGCCCACGUGCAGAGGAAUAAAGCCCAAAUAGUUGGUAAAACGGGUGAAAAAGCCGCAGACAAAGAGACUCGCCCUGAAAGCGCAUUGUAGAGGGCGCGCAGAAGGAAAACACAAAGUUUUUUUUUUGUGCGAGAAAAAUAGGAAAAAUACAGCCAAGUUUGGUCAGAUAAGAUUAAUUAGCGCGCACGGGAGGAAGCUGGUGUACCUAUUGUGUGAAGCUUCAAAGCCAGAAGGCGUGAGAGGCGGUCAAAAGAAGGUUUUCCGCAAAGGGUUCCGUGAGGGCAGAUUUUCCGGAAGAUUUGUGGAGCUUGGGAGAGGCUCUCUGAAGGGUUCAAAGCGGUACACACCUGAGGGAUUGUUGCUUGAUAGCCUCGUGGUUGCAUGUCAAUGGAUGGACGCACCCCGUGAGCGUGUUGGGGACUUUUCGUGUGCGUCAAGGUGAUUCCCUCUCGCGGAGACUUCCUGGAGAAAAAAAAUCAUUCAUCGCACAGACGCAGAGAGCCAUCAGGGGCGUGUGUCAGUGGUGAGGCAACAACUGUUGAUUUGACGAGGAAUUUCGAGGAGGAUUGCGUCAGUCGUGUGUUGCUUGUGCUCGUGUGAUAAUCCCGUGUGCGCUCUCACACAAAAAAAAACUCAAAAACUCUUUGAGAAGAAGUUGUACUCUUCCGGAAUCUUCACGGUAAAAUUUCCCAACACAAUCCAAGCCAUAGAGGCAUUGUGCUGCAGAGGAUUUGCAGUGUUGUGAGUGGAAGAUUGUUGUAGGUGGAAGAAGAAAAGAAGAUGGCAGAAGCCGGCAAUAACAACGCCCAGAACCCCAAUGCCGAGGUCAUUCGCGGGCAGACCUUUGAGGUUGGCCCACGAUACACGGAACUCUCGUACAUCGGAGAAGGAGCCUACGGGAUGGUCGUAUCCGCCACGGACACAGUGACAAACACAAAAGUGGCCAUCAAGAAAAUAUCACCGUUUGAGCAUCAAACCUAUUGUCAGAGGACACUGCGGGAGAUUAAGAUUCUGACACGCUUCAAACAUGAAAAUAUAAUAGACAUUAGAGAUAUUCUACGGGUAGAUAGUAUAGAACAAAUGAGAGAUGUAUAUAUUGUUCAGUGCUUGAUGGAGACUGAUCUUUAUAAAUUACUAAAAACACAGAGGCUAACUAAUGAUCAUAUCUGCUACUUCCUCUACCAGAUCCUACGUGGUCUGAAAUAUAUUCAUUCAGCAAAUGUACUCCACAGGGAUCUAAAACCAAGUAAUAUAUUACUAAAUACAACAUGUGACCUUAAGAUUUGUGAUUUUGGUCUCGCACGAGUUGCUGAUCCAGAGCACGAUCAUACUGGAUUUCUCACUGAAUACGUAGCAACAAGAUGGUACAGGGCUCCUGAAAUAAUGCUCAAUUCCAAGGGUUACACACAAUCAAUUGAUAUUUGGUCAGUUGGAUGCAUCCUUGCGGAGAUGUUGAGCAAUCGACCAAUCUUCCCGGGGAAGCACUAUUUGGAUCAAUUGAAUCACAUCCUUGGGGUUUUGGGUUCACCGACUGACGAGGAUUUGCAGUGUAUUAUUAAUGAAAAGGCGCGCAACUACCUUCAGACGUUGCCGUACAAGCCCAAGGUCCCAUGGUCAAAGCUCUUCCCCAAUGCUGAUCCACGGGCACUCGAUCUACUCGAUAAAAUGCUCACAUUCAACCCACACAAUCGGUAUUCCGUCGAAGAGGCACUCUCGCAUCCCUACUUGGAGCAGUACUACGAGCCAGAUGAUGAGCCAAUCUCCGAUGAGCCCUUCAGUAUUGCCAUGGAGCUGGAUGAUUUACCGAAAGAAACACUCAAGCAGCUCAUCUAUGAGGAGAUGCUGCUGUUCAAGGAAAGAUUCCCCGAUCCCGUUGUCGCGUAAAUCUUCAACGUGCUCCAAAUGCACACACAAAUGUCGCGCGAUUCGAACACGGAUGGGAGGGAUUGGGAGGAGCUGAAGGUGAGUCAAAUAUGUAUUUUAACAACAACAGAAAAGUAUAUUAUUUGAGAAGAAUGAAAAAUUGUAAAUGAAGAGAAAAAAAGUGAAUAAAAAACAGAACAAUUAAUCGAUGCUGCGGUAUGCAGCGAGUUAAAGACAACAGAAAAAAAACGUGAAAAUAAAUUUUAAAAUGUGGUUUUAAAUGUGAAUUAAAAAACAACAAAUUUUAAACUCCCCUUUAUUGAUAAAAAAAAAAAACAUUGUAGUUUUUAGGAGGGUGGGGUGGUUUUUGUGAAAAAUAAAUAAACACAUAGAGGAAUACAAAAGGGUGUCUCAAAGUAAAUGCUGAAUUUUUUAUUUUGAAAUUAUUUUUAUAUUUUGAGUAAAAUUUAUUUUUAUCUCUGAAAUUUUUCGUUUCACUGAAGAAUAAUAAAAUUCUUCAUUCGAUUCAUUCAAAUCGUUGAUUACGAGGUAGAUUCUGAUAAAAAUCUCUUUUUUUUCUAACAGCUUAAAAGUUUCUUUUUAGGUUUUGACAAAUGGAAUUUAUAAAUCUUUCUGUCGUCGUUCUGUAAGAGACAAAUAAAGAAUUAGUUGUUCCAGAAAACAGUCAGAAAGAUUUUGAAAGAGCCCUAGAAAAGUAAUUUUCUUUCAAAAACCCGUUUAAGAAUGAAAUAAAAUGUCAAAAUCCUCACGGAAAAAAAUAAAUAGCCAAGAUAGACACAAAAAAUAUUUCUCCCAGCUAUUUGGCGUUAGAAUAUAAUAAUGUCCAGGGUAGAAAUGAAUUAUGUCUCUCCCAGGCAUUUGAAAUUUCUAGCUCAGAAAUUUUAGAGAAAAAUCAAAACAUUCAAAAAUUAGGUUAUGGGAUGGUGUUGUUGACUUUCUCUGAAGAAGUGCAAUUUUCCUGUGGACCCAUACAGUAACAUCUCAUGAUUUGUCGGAAAAUCUCACAGUUUUCCCUGUGAUUUAUGAAAAUUACCAUUUUAUGUGUGUAUUGGAAAAAAAUGACAAAAUUUGUGAGGUAGUUAAAAUUCUUUUGUAGCCGAGACUGGAGCUAUAACUGGCUCGAGUACAAAUUAUGCGUGGCAGAGACAUAUAAGAAUUUCUGGCUUGGAUAUAUGUCAAUUUCUGUACCGUACAACAUUUUAUUUUCCGUGAUAAGAUUUUUCCUAGAAUACCAAAAAUCUCAUAACAAACGAAAUGUAAAGAAAGAAAUUCGUUAGUUGUAAGAUUUUUGGUAUUCUGAGAAACUUUUUUUAAGAUUUUAACGUUUUAUUUCUUUUUUUUUUUUGGGUUUUUGAGGGAAAAUUACUUUUCCGGAGAUCUUUAAAGAUCUUUCUGAAUUUUCUGGGACAACAAAUUUAAAUGAUUUAAAAACAUUAACUAUCAAAUUCUUACAAAAACUUUAACGGUUUUUGAAAAGAAAAGAAAAGAAUUGUAUCAGGAUCUACUCCUACUUCAGAUCUUGGGGUAGAUUCUAAUAUAAAAGGUUUCUUUUCUUAGAAUUCGUCAGUUGUAAGAUUUUUGGUAUUCUGGGAAAAAUUUUAAAGGAUUUUGACACUUUAUUUCUCUCUUUUUUUGGGUUUUUGAAGGAAAAUUACUUUUCCGGUGAUCUUUAAAGAUCAUUCUGACUUUUCUUGAACAACAAAUUCUUCGUUUUUCUUUUAUAGACCGACAAAUAGAACAAUUUUAAAACAUUAACUGUCAAAAUCUUGAAAGAAAAGAAAAGAUUUUUAUCAGAAUCGACCCCAUUUAUUGAAUUUUAGUAACAAAAGAACUAUAUUUUAAAUCAAUCAAAAUAAUUAAAUUUAAGUUUCAUUCAACGUCAGUAUAAAUUAAAAAUUCGUUAGCUCAUAAUAUAAUAUUAAAUCAAAUGUUUAAAAAAAAAUUCAGCAUCUUCAUUGGGACACCCUUUUGGCGUAAAUUUUCCACAGUGUUGUGCCAUUGAAAAAAGUAAAAGGAAAAUAUUGUUCUUUUGCGAAAAAUGAUUAUAAAUAUACAAUAUACAUAUAUAUUGAGAAACUCAGCAUUAAACAUUCAAAUAUGCAUGCCAUUAUUAUCCUCCCUCAAGUAUUUACAAAAGAAAUAAACAAAAAAUGUGAAAUAAUAAAAAAAAACGUAAAUGGGUAUAUAAUGUGAGAAAACAUCUCUCAAUAGAAAGGAAAACUUUUCAAAUUGAGCAUGAUGAUUUAAAAAAAUGUAAGUAUGUGUGUGUUUUUUGCCAAUAAUUUUUUUGGCACUUACAUUGUAUUGUUAUUUAAUUGAUAUAAUAUACACUAAAAUGAGAGGAGGUUGAAGAGAGAGAGAGAGAGAUUAAAAAAAACCAACUUUUUUCAUUGCAUGAACAUCAACAAAAACAAAUAAAACACAUCAUGAUGUAUUAAAAGGAAAAUUUUAAUUAAUAUUUGAGGGGUAAAUAUUAAUAAAAAAAAAGAGAAAAGUAUAAAAUAAAUGAAGAGCGUAAAGCUAAAAUUGACUUCAUACACUCAGGCUGAGUGCUUGUUAAAUUACCAGAAAUUCUAUUUAAAUUUUAAAUGAGAGAUGAAUAUAUUAAAUUUGAUCAAAGGGAAAGGAGAUUCCAUUUGAGUAAAAUGACGACGUAAUGAGGAAAAAGAAAGUCUCCUUCUAAAUGAAGAAAAUUCCCAUAGUAAGAGAGAAAAAAAAACUUCUAAGAAAGAUGUUAUAAAUUUAAUUAAAAAUAUUGAUAUUCUUUUGCGAUAAAAAACUAACAUUCUAUAAUAAUUGAUAAAUGUUUUAGAAGAAAAAAAAAAGAGGAAAUUUGUCUGCUGGGUUUAGGAGGAUUGGGGGGGAAAGAAGCAAUUCAAAGAGGUUUUGUUUUGAAUUUAUUUUAUUAGAUAUUCUCUCUCUGUCUGAAUUUGCUUUCUUUCCUUAUGCGCAUCUCCUUGAAGGGAUAAUCAAAAUUCACUUUACACAGACGUGGCAAAGGAGGAGGGCAACCAAAAAGGUACCUCUACUUCUUUAGUAUGUCAAAGAACACAAAAAAAAAAGAAAUGUCUUCUAAUGUAGGGGAUGAUGGGAUAUUUUGGGGCAAAAUUGACGCAUUUUGGGGAGAAUUUUGACUUAAUUUUAAAACGUUUAAAAACUACAGCUUAAUCAGAAUAAUUGAAAGUAAAUUGAUGAUUUUUGACUUGUUUACAGACCUUCUUAAAUGAAUGAAAUUGCCCCACUUUUUAAGUGAAAAGACAUUAAUUUAUGGCGAUCAAUUAAAAAAAUAUUUUAGUUUCAUUUGAUUUAUUGGAAAAUUAACAUCCUAUCAAAUAAAUAUCAGGCCAAACUUCAAAACAAAUAUCGGGAUCUAAUUUUCUAAAAAGAAUUAACCCAUUUCCAUCAAUUUUAUUCACAUAGCUGAGACACAUUUCGUUCUAUAAUAAUUUUGUUAAUUCUGUAAUUUUAAAUCAAUUUAAUUUAGCAAAGAAUUAACAUCCAAUCAUAUAAAUUUCAGACCAAACGUGAAAACAAAUAUCAAGCUCAGAUUUUUAGAGAAUUAACCCAUUUCCAUGAAUUUUAAUAAAUUAGCUAAGACACAUUUCGUGCUAUAAAAAGUUUCUCUAUGGUUAAUUCUAUUUUUGGUUAACCCUUUAACGUCCAACGUGAAACAUAAAAACAUUGAAACAUGCGCUCUUUUAUCGCGAUUUUUAUUCUAUGAAUUUUUUUAGAGGGCUUUUCUCACUCAGAACGUCUUCUUUGACCGCUUAUGCGUGAAUUUGAUGCAUUUGUAACAUAGAAAAACAAUUACAUUAAUAAAUAAUUGAAAAAAUAAAAUGUUUCACGUUUGGGUCAGCGUAUGAUCCAAAAAACCUUAAAGGGUUAAUUAAUUUAAUUUAAUAAGAUCCAACUUCACAUGAAAUAAUUUAAUUUUCCAGCUAAACCUCAAAAUAAAUACGGCUCCAUCUAAUUGUGACUCAGAAAAAGACUAAUUGAGACUCAAUUCCUCUUUUUGUGACUCAACUCUUUUCUUUUUUAGAGUCAGCCCUUAUAUCCAAGACACAUUUUGUGCCAAAAUUAAUUUGAGAUUAUUUUAGCUUAUGAUUAAUUAAAUUAAAGAUCCAACACUCAAUUAGAUAAUAUAAAUUCUGGAUGAACAAUUUAUCAUGCUCUAAACAUUUAAAAAUUACUCUUUUUUCGUUAAUUAUUCUCAUAGUCGGGACACAUUUUGUGCUAUAAAGUUUUACGUUAUUUUGUAUGGAAAAAAUAAAUAGAAAAUGAAAACUCUUAAAUUAAAUUGGGUCACAUCUCUUUCAAUUACAAAAAUGAGUAAAUAGAGAAAAAGUUGAAAAUAAUAAAGAACAUUGAGAUUUCUCAGAAAUUACAUUCCCCCAUAAAAUGUUCUUGAUCCAAUUGGUUCGAAUCUUUAAUAAUAAAAAAAAACAUUUCUGAGAUUUUCAUUGAAGAAAACCCUUCGUGAAAACCAAUCAAUUAUUCCGGGGGUGGCCGGGGGAAAUGGGUUAACGAAAUUCACGGUGAAGCAUUAUAAAAAUUUCAAAAGUCAGUUAUCGGCCUUUUUUGUUCUUUUAUUUUCAUUUUGCGUCACUUUUCCCCACCCUCUCUCCUACUUUCUUCUCAAUUUAAUUUUUUUCUUUCUUGACUUCUCACCACACUGCUACACAUUCACAAAAAGUUCCUCCAGCACGCGCAUAGAAAAGGAAGGAAAAAACUUUCUGAAGGGCAUAUCUUGUUUAUAUUUUUUUUUGGAGGUUUCUCUUUUCGACAAGAUUUUCUUUUUUUUUUUUCGAAAAAGCAUCUGGUGGGUGAUAUUUUUGUCAUCUUAUAUUGCUUUAUGUGUGUUAGGGAGAGAGGUACAUCCUCAAGGGAAGAAUCCUGUCCUGCGAUAACUUUUCUCUUCUUCUUCUUAUUCGCAUUUGAAGAAAUUAAAGUUUCACGAGAAGAAGAAGAGAAGUUGUCCCCUUUGCCCUCCCUGCGGGACUGCCACAUUGAUCUCUUAGAGUGAAUUUUAUGGGAAUUCAAUAACAUUGAGGUCACAAUUCAAUUUGGUAUUGAAGCAUUUAAAUUGAGCAUAAAGAAAUGAUGAGUAUUGACAGAGAAAUUCAAUGAAAAAAAAACUGCUUCAAAGCUCUUUGAAAAUUCGUAUUGAGAUAAAUUCGUUUUUUUUCUUUUGGGGUAAUUUUGGGAUGUAUAUAGCUGUGCUGGUGUAUUGUAUACGUGAAGUUUAGAAUGUUUUUUUUUUGUGUUUGCUUUAUUCAGCAUUCGUGGAAGGUAAUAGAGAUAAAUCCACCUGGGAAAAGGUUAAUUGGUUGAAAUUCUAAGUUUAUCGCAAUUUGCAUCCCUUCAGGCGUAAUGUGGUAGUAAAGCACUCUAACAGAGAGGAGAGACAAUAUAGUUAAUUUCUCAAUUGAAUUUCUAAAUUUAAUUCUAAUUAAAUUGUUUACGAAGGUUCAUUUUAGCACUGAAAUGUUUAUUUUUUAUGCAAAAUUAAGCUCUGAAGAAAGCUCUCAAAUGUUUAAAAAUAACGUAUUGAGUUUGGAAAAAAAUUCUUAGAAUUUAUUUUCUAUUUUUAAACAAGUUGAAAGUGAUAUGAAUACGAUGAAAAAAAAUUCUAUAUAAAGUUCUCUCAGCAAUAUUAGACCUGCAGAGGUUAGUUUAUAAAUUUAGCUGCAGGAAAAUUUUCCUUCUAUAUAGUUUCAUUUUUAUCCCCUUUGGGAGGAUGUUUAAGAAUAUAAUCUCAUGAUGAUGGAAGAGGGUAAUUGCGGGGUAGGUGUACGUACGAGAAAGUAUAGAGAGGAAGAUGAGAAAGUAAAUAAACCCACCAUAUCGCACUCAAAUAAUAAAAAAGAAGAAAAAAUGUGAAAAAAUUUUUGCAGAAAAAGAAGGAUAAGAAAAGCUCUGGUUGAGAUAUUUUCCUUCUUCAAAAACAAACGAGGAAAUUCAAAGAAAUAAAAAUCUUUUCUCAAUGAAACCCAUAUUGUGAGCUAUUCUCAUGUCUCUUUCCUUUUUUGUUUGUUCAUGUUGAAUGCAGCAAAAAUAAAAUUCACAUUACAAUGCGCACAACAAAAAUAAGAGAAAAGUAUAUUAAACAAAAAUAAAUAGUGAGGAAAACAUUAUAAAUAAAUAGAUGAGAGAGAAAAAUUCAGAGGAAAACCAAAAAAAAUUGCAAAGUAGAGCGAGGAAAAAAAGUUAAUUAUUUUCCCAUUUCAUAUUCACCACAGUCGUGCGAUGGGGAUGAAAAUAAAGGGCUCAAAAGACCGUAUCAGAAAUUAAUGAACGUUGAGUUUUUGAAUGUGUUUUGAAGGAGUUCAUUCACAUUCAUUAAAAGCAAAUAAUAAUAAUAUUAGAGGGGAUAGAAACAUUUCUAAUUUUCUGUCGGAAAAUACAAGAGCAAUGCAACGAUUGACCCUCUAAUAUUUUACUUUGUUUUAAAUCAAUUGAAGCACAGAAGCAUAUGCUUGAUGCGUUUUUUAAUCUUUUAGAUUAGAUGAGAAAAACAUUGAAUUUUAUUCUUAAAACUGACACAUAACCCUUAAAUUCUUUAGGAGUAUUUUAUUCUUUCUGGAAGCAUCAAGGUAAUUUUAUUAAUUAAAAAGUGAACACGAUAUUUAGCAAAGCUUUCAGUGCAUUACCAAUUACCAUGCCUUCGUAAAACAUCAUGAAGAAGAUUUUGUUAAAAAAUUUUACUCAUUUCUUGUUAGAUUUGUCAUUCAUUACAAGUUCAAUAAAAGCUUAAUUUUUUCAAAAGACCUUUUUUAGGAGCAUUGACGCAUAUGCUUUAUGCAUGUGAAGAGAAAUUGAGUUAAAAUAGGGGCGUGGUUUUUACAUACUUUGCAAAUCUCUUCUAGACCUUCUAGAUGAUAUAAAAUAAAAAUGAAACGUUUUUUUAUCUUUUAAUUACGUAAAUUAAAUUAAUUUAAAGGUUAAAUUUUCUUAAAAUUUUUUUCCCAAAUUAUGUAAUUGGAAAGAAUUUUGACAUUAAUAAAAAUGAAUAGACUCCUUUUAUUAAUUCAUUUUCGUUUUAAAUUUUUAUUAAAUCUUCUUAAAAGACAUCUCUAAUUCUUCUUUAAUUUAUCUUUAAAAAGUUUUUUUUUUAAGCUUUUUAUUGAUUUUAAUUAAAUUAAAAAUUAAUAAAUUCUUUUAAAAUCUUCAAUGUUCCCGUAUUAUCCGAUAUGGUCUGUAAAAGUAAAUCCAACUUUGACAAACUUUUUAUUUUAUUGAAAUUAAUUAUUUAUGAAUUUCUGCACCACAAAGGCAGAAGUUCGUAAUUAAUUAUUUUUAAUUGAUUACUCCCCAUGAUAUUUGAAACCAUAUAUGUAAUAAAUAAUGGAAAAUAAAAAUAUUUGCAGGAAUGGCGUAAAAAAUUGCAGCAUUCAAUUAAUCUUCAAUUUAUUUAAAGAUUUAUAAAAAGUUUUUCUUUUCAAAAAUUCUCUCUGUCUUAUUUUCUCUGAAAAUCAAUUCUUUCAAUGAAUUUCUCUUUCGAAUAAAGGAGCAUAAAUAGGACGAACGUUAGAAGAUUUUUAAUAAAGUGAUGAUGAGAUAUUAAAAAAAAAAAGAAAGAAAGAAAAAUCUACAUUUUUUGAGAUCGAAUAAAUGUUCUGUGAGAGAUUAAAGUAAAAAAAAA